UAAUCAGUCAUCAAAUAAAGCAGCUGACUGCAGGUCGAUCCGGACACUCUCGCUGUGGUUUCUGUCACUCAAAGACAUAAACACCACUGAUACUGAGUCCCAUCAUGAAUAUCAAGCCCAUACUAUGGAUCCUACUCUUCACCUCUGUCCGGGAGGUGUACCUGGAGGAGUAUGAGUAUGAAGAUGAAACAUAUGAGGAUCCACAGCCUCAGAACUGCUCAACCACAGAGAGCAUCAGGGGUGGACGUGUCACGUACUCACAGGGAGGGCUGGAGGGCAGUGUGCUGACCUAUGAGUGCGGCCUGGGCCAAUACCCUUUCCCGGUCAGCUUCAGGCUCUGCAGCGCUGAAGGGGACUGGUCGCCUAUGAGAUUAACCAAUGGCAGACUGGUGUCACAGGCCACAUGCAAAGAUGUGUUGUGUCCAGCUCAGCUCCAGCUGGAUCACGGUGACUUCUGGCCCAGGGACCAGUGGUCCAGUGUUGGGACAACACAGACCUUCUCCUGCCAGGAAGGCUUCACCCUGUACGGGUCAGCCCAGAGGAACUGCACCCACUCUGGGGAGUGGACAGGAACCACUCCCAUCUGUGACAACCAUGCUGACGAUUGUAGGGACCCAGGGAUCCCACCAGGGGCCCAGAGGUCAGCGGGCCGCUUUCAGACGGGAGACAAGGUGAUCUACUGGUGUCAGGCUGGUCUGAAUCUGCUCGGGUCGGCUGAAAGGGUUUGCCUGGAGAACAGGGAGUGGAGCGGCACAACACCACGGUGCCAAGGCCCCUAUACCUAUGACUCCCCCAGCUUUGUUGCAGAGGCCAUGGCGGGGUCACUUGCAGGAGUCAUGGAUGUCGUCUCACCAGACUCCAAAAGGAAAAGUGCAAGGACGUCCUUCGCCCGAACCUUCCGUGUGGCCGAGGGCAGUCGUAUGAAUGUCUACAUUUUACUGGACACAUCGGGAAGCAUUGGAAAGCAGGACUUUGAAUUAUCCAAGAGUGCCACCAUCGCUCUUAUCCAAAAGCUGGACAGCUACGAGGUACAGCUCAAGUUCCACGUGUUGUCAUUCGCCAGCGAGGCUCAUGACAUUGUAGACAUCACAGAACCAGAUAUAAGUGGGAACAUCGACAACAUCUUAUGGGAGCUGGAGGAGUUUAACUACCAUAGCCAUGGAAGUAAGACAGGCACCAACCUCCAUGCUGCCCUGCUCCGUGUCAAUGAGGUGAUCUCCUUCCUUAAGCAAAACAGUGCCAAGAACCAUUUCAAUGAGACUCAGAACAUCAUCGUCAUCGAAACAGAUGGUUACUCCAACACAGGCAAGAAGCCUCUGGUUGCUCUGGCAAAGAUCCGAAAUCUGCUGGGCUAUCACGAAAUAUCCCGUGAUAACACAGAUGAAACAAUGCUGGAUGUCUACGUGUUUGGUGUUGGGGAACAAGUGAACAAAGAUGAGCUGAACUCCUUAGCCUCAAAGAAACGUGGCGAGCAGCACGUCUUCUUUUUGAAAGACUACAAAACACUGGGACAGGUGUUCAACAGCAUCAUUAGUAAGUAUGAGACCGUUCUCAACUCGAAGGUGUACAACCAUGUGUGAAGGAAAAAUUAACUU